AUGCCUCGCGAAGAGUACCAAGUCCCCACCGCAACCGGCGCCUCCGCCAGCGCAAUCUCCCGCGGCGCGACCGGCGGCGAGCGUCACGACAGCCGCGCCGUCAUGACCUACAUCUGCGGCGACUGCGGCGGCAACGUCACCCUCAGCAAGGACGCGCUGGUCGCGUGCCCGCACUGCGCGGGGAGGGUGCUGUACAAGGAGCGGACUAAGCGAAUGGUGCAGUUUGAGGCUCGAUAG